GCGGGGCUGGCCGCGGCGGGCGGGGCGGGGCGGGCGGCGGCGCUUAAAGAAGCGGGGCGGGCGGGCAGCGGCGCGCUGCUGCGGGACUGCGGGAUGGAGACGGCCCGCGACUACGCCGAGGCGCUUCUCAGGCCCCUGACAUUUAUGGGCUCACAGACUAAAAGAGUCCUACUCACUCCCCUCAUGCACCCAGCUCGCCCUUUCCGGGUCUCCAGCCAUGACAGAAGCAGCCGACGAGGAGUGAUGGCGAGCAGCCUGAACGAGCUCCUCAGCAAGACCCUGGAUGCCCUUGUUAUCACCCACGGACUGAUCACUUUGGUGCUGGAGGAAGACGGCACUGUGGUGGAUUCAGAGGAGUUCUUUCAGACCUUAGCAGACAACACACAUUUCAUGAUCCUGGAAAAAGGGCAGAAGUGGACGCGGGGUAGUAACUACAUCUCAGCUCAUCAGCAGCCAAAGAAAUCAGGAAUAGCAAGAGUCACCCUCAAUUUGUACAAGCUGAAUCCCAAGGACUUCAUCGGCUGCCUCAACGUGAAGGCUACCAUGUAUGAGAUGUACUCAGUGUCCUACGACAUCCGUUGUAUGGGGCUCAAGGCUCUGCUGAGGAGCCUGCUGCGGUUCCUGUCCCACACUGCUCAGGUGACUGGACAGUUUCUCAUUUACACAGGCACGUACAUGCUCUGGAUGCUGGGCGACAUGGAAGAGCGGACUUCUCCCAAGUUACGCUCCAUAUGAGGGUUCAGGUGUGGAUAGAGAUGCACAGUGCGGGGGGAUCACCUGGCUUUUGACCCAAACGUCCCCUCCCAAAUGCUGAGCUUUGAAGAUGCUCUUGUUCUUAACCACGGGCUCAUUAGGUUUCUAGUCACUUCUGCUCAGGAGUGGUACCCAGGUGACAGUAAAGGGGCUGAUGGCACAUGAAGUGGGGGCUGUGCAGUGGGAUAGCCAAAGGCGGGAGACGUGUGGGGGUUGCCCUCGGGGAGGAAGGGGACGAAUGAUGGGUGGCUGGGGUGACUGAGGGGUGGUGCGCAUGCAUUACGUUCCUGGCUGCUCACCUCCUGCAAUAAACCAAUCACCAGACUA